CGCUCCCGCCCACAGUUCAGAGAGAGAGAAAAGUUCCUGGGAGUCGGUGGAGGAGGCAGCCAGUGCCAGAGCGCUGUGGGUCUCCCUAAGCCACUUUGUCGCCUUCUGCCACGCCGGGGCCAGAGUGCUUCUAGCCGGAGAAGAUGGCUUCUGUGUCGUCGCUACGUCCUUCUUUGGAAGGGUGAGGACUGCGACGAAAAGUGAGCAGAAAGGAGCCUGGCUGGCCUUCUCUCAGCCCGCCCCCAGACACCCCGGCCUUUGAGCCCGCCCCUCCAGUUCUGCCUCCCCGGCUGGUCUAGGUGCCCCGACUCGGAUCCCAAGGCUCGGAGGUGUGGGCAGGACCCAUGGCUGCGCUGGGCUGCGUGAGGCUGCGGUGGGCGCUGCUGGGCACGCGGGUGGCCAGCCGGGGCCUCUGCCCACAUGGGGCCAGGGCCAAGGCCGCGAUCCCCGCCGCGCUCCGCGAAGACGAGGCAGCCGCGGGGCCUCGAGCCGGUCCUGGCAACCCGCGGCGGCAGCUGCGGAGCCUGGAGGAGCUGCCCAGGAUAGGGCGGCUGCGCUUCUUUUUCCAGCUGUUCGUGCGAGGCUAUAUUCUGCGCCUGCACGAGUACCAGAUGCUGAACAAGGACUUGUAUGGCCCCAUAUGGAUAUCCAGUCUUGGGCCUCACACUUUGGUGAACCUGGCCAGUCCCCUAUUCAUGGAGCAAGUGAUGCGGCAGGAGGACAAGUACCCUGUGAGGGACAGCAUGGAGCUAUGGAAGGAGCACCGGGACCAUCAAGGCCUGACCUAUGGGCCUUUCACCACGGAAGGACAUCACUGGUACCAGCUGCGCCAGGUUCUAAGCCGGAGGUUGGUGAAGCCAGCUGACGCUGUGCUCUACACAGAUGCCAUAAAUGAAGUAAUUGAUGACUUUAUGGUUCGACUGGACCAGGUGCAGGCAGAGAGUGCUUCUGGGGACCAGGUGCCUGACAUGGCUCACCUCUUCUACCACUUUGCACUGGAAGUUAUUUGCUACAUCCUGUUUGAGAAACGGAUUGGCUGCCUAGAACCCUCCAUCCCUGAGGACACAGCAACCUUCAUCAGCUUUGGGCUCAUGUUCCAGAACUCACUCUAUGCCACCUUCCUUCCCAAGUGGACCCGUCCCCUGCUGCCCUUCUGGAGGCGAUACCUGGAUGGCUGGAACGCCAUCUUCUCUUUUGGGAAAAAGCUGAUUGAUCAGAAACUCAAGGAGGUGGAAGCCCAACUACAGGAAGCUGGGCCAGAUGGGGUCCAGGUGUCUGGCUACCUACAUUUCCUGCUGACCAACCAACUGCUCAGUCCUCAUGAGGCCACAGGCAGCCUACCUGAGCUGCUCCUGGCUGGAGUGGACACUACAUCCAACACUCUGACGUGGGCCCUGUACCACCUUUCAAAGGACCUGGAGAUCCAGGAGGCCUUGCACGAGGAGGUGGUGGGUGUGGUGCCCAGAGGGAAGGCACCCCAGCACAAGGACCUUGUCCACAUGCCCCUGCUCAAAGCUGUCAUUAAGGAGACGCUGCGCCUCUACCCUGUGGUUCCUACAAACUCCAGGAUCGUCAUGGAAAAGGAAGUUGACAUCAAUGGCUUCCUGUUCCCCAAGAAUACGCAGUUUGUGUUCUGCCACUAUGUGACAUCCCGGGACCCCAGUGUCUUCUCAGAGCCUGAGAGCUUUCAGCCUCAUCGCUGGCUGAGGAAGUGCCAGCCGGAUGCUUCCAGGAUCCACCACCCAUUUGGCUCUGUGCCCUUUGGCUAUGGGGUCAGGUCCUGCCUGGGCCGCAGGAUUGCAGAGCUGGAGAUGCAGCUGGUGCUGUCGAGGCUGAUGCAACGGUAUGAGGUGGUUCUGGCUCCCGAGACAGGGGAACUGAAGACUGUGGCCCGCAUCGUCCUGGUUCCCAAUAAGAAGGUGGGCCUACGUUUCCUGCCGAGACAGUGCUGAGCUGGGCCCCUGCCUUCCUGGUGCUUGUCCCACAGGCACCAUCCUGGCACAGUAGUCCCUGGACACUUUCUUGUCUCAGAUGAGGAGGGAAAGAAGGGAUCUGCCAGACUCAACAGGCUGGAGGGACUCAGUGCCCUUCCCACAGAACCCUCAGCUUGGUCACACUUGUCAUUCGAGCAGCUCUGCUCAGAUAAAAGGCAAAUCCUUAUCACAAUAUAAAAUAAAAGGACUCCUAGUAAUCAUUGGGGAUUUUUGUUGUUCUUUUUGAUUACCUGGUAUAUGAAUCCUUUUCUGGAGUUGGAGAACACCCUUCUGCACCUAGCAAUCAUGGUGGGGACCCUGCCACCUCCCUUCUUGGAGCCUGUGCUUCCCUAUACCUCAACCAGAAGUUGGGGUCAUGCUGAGGUGGCAGUGGCACUGAUAAUGGGCACUGAAGGAGGCACUGCAACAGUCCUGCUUCAAUUGUAGAUAGUAGAAGCCACCAGCAGGGCACAGUGGUACGAACCUAUAGCCCUAGCUACGUGGGCGGCUGAGACAGGAGGAUCACUUGAGUCCAAGAGUUCAAGACAAUUCUGAGUGUCAUAUUGAGAUGCCAUCUCAAAAGAAGGAAUAGAGUGCUGGCAGAGUGAUUUAAGCAGUAGGACCACCUGCCUAGCAGGUGAGUUCAAAUCCCAGGGCCAUCAAAAUAAAUAAAUAAAAAAUAAGGACUAGACUAGAAUAGAAUAGAAGAUACCCUCUUUUGAGAGAAAGUGCAGAGACAGGCAAUGGGCUGCCACAAAAUUUGUUUGAAGAGCUUUAUUGGCCUCAGAGACCUCUAGCAGGCACCGACAGGCUUGAGUAGCUGGUCCAGCCUGCUGGCCACAAUCAUAAGAAGGAGAGUCGAGAAGUGGGCAUUACAGUUUUUAGCUUUCCAGUCUCUCUCGGUGAGUUCCAGCCUGGGUAUAAAAUUAAUUCUGCUGAGUCACAGAAAACAAUUAACUUUCUCGUGCAACUGUGGGAUUAGGAUCAAAUCCAUUUUAAAAGUCCUGUCGUUGCUCUGAUUCAAAAUUCUUCCGUGUCCCCCCAGUUCCACCCCUCCUCCCUCGCCCCAGUCCUCAGGCCAAGUCCAAGUCCUUCCUGUGGCUUAUAACACUUGUGCUUUGGCACCAUCUGGUUCACCCUUUCCAUAGCUGAGCCUGACUCACCUGCAUCUCUCCAAGCACAUUAAGCUCCUUUCUGUCUCAGAACUUUGUACUUACUGUUCUGUCCCUGGGAACAGCACCUUCCUGACCAACUGUCAUGUUGUCUUAAGAACUUGCUCUCCUAGGUACUCAGUUCAAAUGUCCUGGCCUCCCUGACACCCCUGCCUCU